AAAAUGAUGAAGACGAUUAUGAUAGUAAUAAUAACAAUAUGGAUGAAUUGGAAAGUGAAUAUAAAGAUAACGAUAACACUGCUGCAAGUGGCAGUAGUACUGCUGAAAAUAGUAAAAAAUCUAAAGAAGAUGCUA